GGUAUCCAGAAGUUGGCUAGUCAAUAUCUGAAGAGAGAUUGGCCUGGAAUAAAAGUUGAUGAUCGGAAUGAUUACAGGAGCAUGUAUCCUGUUUGGAAAUCUUUUCUUGAGGGAACAAUGCAGGUAGCCCAGUCUCGGAUCAAUAUAUGUGAAAACUAUAAAAACUUCAUUUCUGAGCCUGCAAGGACAGUGAGAAGCUUAAAAGAACAACAACUAAAAAGGUGUGUGGACCAGUUGACGAAGAUCCAAACUGAAUUACAAGAGACGGUGAAAGAUUUAGCUAAAGGCAAAAAGAAGUACUUUGAGACUGAACAGAUGGCUCAUGCAGUACGGGAGAAAGCUGACAUCGAGGCAAAAUCUAAACUUAGUCUUUUUCAAUCAAGAAUCAGUUUACAGAAGGCAAGUGUAAAGUUAAAAGCCCGGCGAUCUGAAUGUAAUUCCAAAGCUACCCACGCAAGAAAUGAUUAUCUUCUUACAUUAGCAGCAGCAAAUGCACACCAGGAUCGCUACUAUCAAACAGAUUUAGUUAACAUUAUGAAGGCUCUUGAUGGAAAUGUAUACGAUCACCUGAAGGAUUAUUUAAUAGCCUUCAGCCGGACUGAGCUAGAGACGUGCCAAGCUGUGCAGAACACAUUCCAGUUUUUAUUAGAAACCUCCAGCAAGGGGAAGCAGGAACUGGCUAAUACCUUAAGAAAGUGUUUGGAAAGGAAUCAGG